AUGUACGCGCUGUCUCGACACAUUCCACCGAGCUUCGGAAUGCUGCAAAGCGGUAAGACGUUGUGGGUACUGUCGCAAGGAGGAGCAUCAUUCGGUCAUAUGCCCACUACCAGAGUUGAGGGAUACACUGCAAAAGGAAUUCUCGAAUCUGCGAAAAGAACUGAAGGAGAUCGAGGACGUCUUCAACUCCCCAAUGUAACAUGCUGCGGAUCGAGACGGAUGUUCCAGCUCUUGUUCAAAUUCACAUGA